AUGAAGGUGCACGGGGAACGAACGCCCGGCUCCGAUAGACCCGGCGUCGUGAGACGAGUCAGUUUUUUGCGCCGCACACGUUCUCCACACGAUUACCGUCAUUUUAAGCGCUCGUCGGCGUCUGUGGCAUUUUUUUGAAAAAAGUUGCGAUUUUUUGAAAAGUUUGAGUUGAAACAUUCGGCGAUUUUCGAAAGUGCAACAAGUUUCCAAAAAUCAUAAGUUUCUUCAAAAAAAUGCUACAGACUCCAGUUUUUGCUUAAAAUGACUGUUAUCGUCUGGUGAAUAUAGAAAAAAUAUGGUUAGUGUACGAGAAAAAUCAUAAGAAUACACAAUUUGAAAAAAACUUCACAAAACAAUGGUUUACGGCUGAAAUCAGACACGUUAGGGUCGAAAAUGAAAAAAAGCGGAAAAUCAUUUGUUACUGUUUCGUAAACUUUUUUUCUCGAUCGGUUUGAAUCCGUUUUCGUGUCGCCAAACAGCGUCGAGAACGGUGUGAAAACAGGCGAAAUGUAGUUUUUGCAGUUCGUCGAGGACCGUCUCAUCGGAAAUUUCGACUCGGCCGACUUUUCGGAUGCGUGGAAGAAAAAGUUCUCGCAUGCGCCGACUUGGUGCGAUGCGGACAUGUCUUUGCAGCAGAUCAAUAGGGUACGUAUUGAAAUGUGAAGCAACAACAAAAAAAAGAAGCGGACAAUAGCGGCCGUAGUUGGCCCUCAAAAGUGACCGAACUUUGAACGGAUAUUGUAGAGUUUUGAGAAGUUCGGGAGUUCUCGAAAAUUUUUUACGUAAUUUUGACAUCUAGUACUACAUAUUUUCAGUUGACACUUUUUCUCUACGCCCACCCGUUGGACGACUGUGGCUCUUCAAAGUUAGAGCACCUAAAAGUGUCCACUGACUUCCAAUAGCUACAGUAAUCCAACACGUGGGCGUACAAAAAAGCGUAAAAACGUUGUGUUGCUCAAUUUCCAUCCAAAAAUGAUCCGAUUUUCAGGGAAAAGCAGUGGGAAACCGAAUUGCGCUCUACGCGAGAGCAUUCUUCCAGUUAUGGCUCUACAGAAUCGGAUGUUUUGUGCAGAGAUGGGCGUGGACCACAAUUGCUAUCAGGUAGGCGGUUUUAAUAAAUAAUCUGUAUUCCCGACAUGAUUUACGUCAUUUUAAGCCAAAACUGGGGGCUGUAGGAUUUUUUUGAAAAUAGUUAUGAUUUUGUGAAGAGAAAGCCAUUUGCAAUUCGAGAUACUGUUCAGAAAAACGUCUGUAACUCUGAAACCUGAGGAUUUCAUACAAAAUCAUCAACUACAAAAAUGUUUAGCUUGAAAUUUCCAACAUUUUUCCAGUUGACAACUAUUUGAAAUACACAAUAGCUACUGAGAUACGCCCAAUUUUCAGUAUGGUCCUCUACGCUCUCUGUCUGGGCGGCCUUCAACACGUGGUCAUCGAGACGGAUCUGGUGAAGCUUUGGGUGUCCGAAGGAGGUCGACUAAACGAGGAAAUGGGCUAUUUGGGAGCCGUUAAACAUGAACGGGAGCACGCACACCUCGUGCACAAGGUCAAACGAGCCAUUGAGAAGGGCGCGAAGCCGGUGAAGGCGGAAAGUCGAAGGGGUCCCGAGCUGCCGAAAGAAAACGGUCUUGGCGGCGGUUUUCAGGUACGCAAACGGUUUUUUAAAGUUCUAGAGAUGAUCUGGAAAAAGGGAAAUCAAUUUUUUGACAGGUUGUCAUCCAAACUCCAUCGCACGACGGCGAAAAUGUGCUCUCCAAAGCGGCUCUUCAGAAACACACAAAAUUGAUGCAAGAGAUCUCGGCCUAUGAGGUCAAAAUGUUCAAUGAGUGAGUUUGCCGCCAGAAUCGGACAAUAUCGGUAUAGUUUUGGAUGACUCAACUUUGAAUGGAUAUUGUAGAGUUCCAAGACAUCGUAGGCUUCUAGAAAUGUUUUUUUUGAAAAGUUCUCAUCUAGUACUACAACUUUUCAGUUGACACUUUUUCAAUACGCCCACUCCCUGGAUUACUGUAGCUCUUUGAAGUUGGCAUACACUUUUAGCUACCCCAAACUUUGAAGAGCUACAGUACUCCAGUGCGUGGGCGUACACAAAAAGUGUCAACUACAAAAAUGUAGUACAAGGUGUCAGGUUUUCACACAAAAAUUUCUAGACCCAUGGAAUGUCUUAAAACUCGACUAUAUUCGUUUAAAGUUGACUGUACCCAAAAAACUUGUUUCACAAAUUUUUUAAACUUUUUUUUUGCAGAACUUGGACGCUCGCCGACAUUUGCUUCAAACCACCGGGUCCGUCGUUCAAUUCCGGUCCUCUGGCCGCUAUUAUGUCGAAACUUUUGGACAAAAUCAUUCCGUGCAUCUGGAUCACUCCAGUCGACUGUUAUUGGGACGGAGCCAAAGCGCUCGGACCCACUCCACCGCUUAAUUUGGGGUAAGCGUAUGUUUUUUAUGGAAAUGUGAAAUUUUCGGAUAAUUUUAAGCUAAAACUGGAGCCUGUAGCAUAUUUUUGAAACAAACCAACUUCCGACCAAAAAUUUUGGCGUAUAGUACAAAGAAACGGCUGUAACUCUGAACUCUCAAGUUUUCCGGCAAAUUGAUCAACUACAAAGUUGUUCAGCAUGCAAUUUGCAACAUUUUUGUAGUUGAAACUUUCUCCAAAUAACCACUACAUCCAUGAGAUAUGGUCCGUCAAAGUUGAACAUGCGAUUUUUCAGCCCGGAAGUCUCCUCAUUCAUCUCGUCUCUUCCGCACGGAAACGUGACCUGGAAAAACUUGAAUCCGACGACGGUCAUCAAAGAAGUCGGAACGCUUUUCGACCUCGGACCGAUCGGAAACUUCUUCGAAAGAGCCGGAAUCGACGGAGCCUACCUGGACCGGCCGUGCAUCGAUCCGCUCGAGGAGGAGUGCCCCAAAAGUGCGCCCAACUACUUCGAUCGGUGCAGCGCGCUCACGAAAUUCAACGAAUGGAAUUUGGCGAAGGAGAUGAGCGAACAGGUACGUUUUUAAAGCUUUUUAAGCAAAAAAUGGGGUUAGUGGCAGUUUGUUGAGGAAAAAUUGAACCUCAAUACUUUAGACGGUGCGUGGUGUCGAAAAACGGCUGUAACUCUAAAACCUAAAACAUUAUCUGUAUUCCAGACACGAUUUCCGUCAUUUUAAGCCAAAACUGGGGGCUGUAGGAUUUUUUUGAAAAUAGUUAUGAUUUUGUGAAGAGAAAACCAUUUGCAAUUCGAGAUACUGUUCCGAAAAACGUCUGUAACUCUGAAACCUGAGGAUUUCAUACAAAAUGAUCAACUACAAAAAUGCUCAGCUUGAAAUUGCCAACAUUUUGUCUGUUGCAAACUUUUUGAAAUACACAAUAGCUACUGAGAUACACACAAUUUUCGACAUGGUCCUCUACGCUCUCUGUCUGGGCGGCCUUCAAAAACGCGACAGCGUCCUUGGCUUAGGGCUUUGGCUUAAAAUGACGCAAAUUAAGUUUCACUCAAAAAAAAAACGUUUUUUCAGAUAACACUGACCCGUAAAAUGAUUCCGAAAGACGAGGAGAAAUCGGACAUUGCCGAAUCGAUUCUCACCGACAUUUUCGGCAAAAAGCGGCGAAAGCGUCAGGCGGAAGCGGCGAAAAAAGACGAGGAUUAUUACGCCUACGACGACGAUUAUCCGCUGCUGAACGAGACGGUCACGCCGAAAUCGGAAAAAUCGGAAAAAGACGUGCUGUGCCAGGAAUAUGGGGCCGGUUUGCUCAAGUGGAUGCAGGAGAACGAGAAGCGGUGGGGAGAGUUUUUGACGAAAGAGGAACUGCCAAAAUUCCCGGAUUAUGGACAGGUUUGUGGUUUAGAGAAUGCGAUUUUCGAAAUCUAGGCAUCUAGUACGACACUUUUGUAGUUGAUCUUUUUUCUCUAAGACCACUUUCCGGGGUACUGUAGCUGUUCAAAGUUAGAACACCUGAAAGCGUGACCAAAACUUCCAAGAGCUACAGUAACCCUGGGAGUGGGUCUAGCAAAAAAGUGUCAACUACAAAAUUGAAGUUCACAUUUCGGACUACAAGUUUGUAGUUGACCACUUUCAGCUACGCCCACGCAGAAGAGUACUGUAUCUCUUUAAAGUGUUAGCAAGCUUGCUUCGAGGCGCCCAAGCUUUGAAUGGCUACAGUACUCUAGCGCGUGGGCGUAGAGAAAAAGUGUCAACUACAAAAAUGCAGUACUAGAUGUCAAGAAUGCGCAAAAAAAUUUCCAGAACUCUACAAUAGCCAUUUACAAUUACAGGUGAUGACCGGCGGAUGCAAAGGAUUCGGAAAAAAGAUUAUGGAGUGGCCUGAGGACCUGAUUAUCGGCGGAAUUGAACGAGAGGACGGAAAACUCAAGUCCGCCGAGGCGCUUCAAUCCGUCUUUCUCGUUUCCAGUCCGUACGACGUUUUCGUCCGCAUCGCCGUGAGUUUUUUUCCAGUUCUCCACUGUUUUCACCUACCCGCGCGCUCAAAUUUGUCCCGCCCGGGUAUGAACCGACGGGGACCGCUCAGGCAAAUGUGAUCAAUAGUGUCUUAGCAUAGUAAUAGCAAUUUUAGCGCGUUAGCCCAACUUUUUGUCACUUCUACCCAUUUUUCGAUAGUUUUGACCGCCCAAAAGUGUAGAAAGGGGCGUGGCCUAAUCUGAGACGCAAUUCCAGCACUUUUGCGAUAUUUUUGGGUUUGAUAUCGACGAAAGAAGACAUAAAAUGAAAGAAAACAUUGAAAUUUUCGUGAAAACGCCGCCUUUUGAGACGUUUUUGGCAUAUUUUGCAAUAAAGAAUUUUCAUACCGGGCCGAUCGAAACCCGUACAAAAUUUUGGGUAAUUUUUGACGAAAAACAUGAAAAAAAUGGGGUUAAAUUGCAAAUUUCGAACCGUGCAAUCAAAAUUGGCGAGCCCAUACGACACAACUAUUGUCCAUUUGGCAGAACGACAAAACGGACAGCCACCCGGGCCUCGACCGCCGUCGUUUCGCGCCGUGGAUGGCCGGCGAGAUCAUCACCGCGUGGCAGAGGAAUUUCACGCGAAAACUGUACGGCCACGAGGCGAACAAGAAGCCGGAGAAGCGGGUGUUCCAUCCGCUCGCCUCGACCUCAAUUGCGGAUAUGCUCGAGGAGUUCUCGCAGUUCAAUUACAUGAUCAUCGUGAUCGGUUACGUGUUGAUGGUCGUCUACGCGGCGUUCACGCAAGGACGCUUCCAGGGCUGGUGGCUCGCAAUUCAGUCGAACGUCGCGCUCGCCAUUUCCGGCGUCAUUCUCGUCACGUUCUCCUCGAUUUGUGGCCUCGGAUUCGCCACUCAUCUCGGCAUCAACUUCAACGCCGCCACAACGCAGGUAACUCGAAAACUAGACAUUUUCCGCUAAAAUCGUCAACUGCCAAAGUGUUCAGCUUGAAAUUUGCAACAUUUUUGCAGUUGACAGUUUGUCCAAAUAACCAUCGGCUCUAGAGAUAUGGUCGCUCAAAGUUCGACUAUUUCAGGUGGUGCCGUUCCUCUCGCUCGGACUCGGAAUCGACGACAUGUUCCUGCUGCUGCACAACUACGACGAGAUCAUCAACAUUUGCGAUCGAAACGAGAUCGGAAUUCUGUUAAAAGAGACGGGAAUGUCGGUGAUGGUCACCUCGAUCAACAACAUUCUCGCCUUCAUCUCCGGCUACGUUCUGCCGAUUCCGGCGCUCCGAUCGUUUUGCUCGCAGACCGCAAUUCUGCUCCUUUUCAAUCUCCUCUUCCUCAUGUUCAUUUUUCCGGCGAUGAUCGGCAUCGAUUUGAGACGGCAGCGGCAGGGAAAACGCGAUUUGGCCUACUGUAGUCGGGGAACGAAAAAAGCACAGUUGCCUGUCAGUCAGAGCGUUCCCAGCAAUGUUAGCAAUGUGAGUUUUGCCCGCGUUUUUCUGAGGGUUGAUAUUGUAGAGUUCUAACACGACGUUUUCUGUAAAAUCGUGACAUCUAGUACUACAUUUUUGCAGUUUAUGACUUUUUUCUAGCACAACUCCUGGGGUUACUGUAGCUCCUUAAAGUUAGAGCACCUAAACGCGUACCCAAACUUCCAAGCGCUACAGUAUCCUAGGGAGUGGGUGUAGCAAAAAAGUGUCAACUGAAAAGUUGUAGUACUCGUUGAGUACUAUAUUUUUGUAGUUGACAAUUUUUUGCUAGGACCACGCACUGGGGUACUGUAGCUGUUUGAAGUUAGGACGGACUUUUUGCAACCCUAACUUCCAAGAGCUACAGUACUCCAGCAAUUGGGGGCGUAUUGAAUAAGCGUCAACUGAAAAAUAGUAGUACUAGAUGUCACGUUUUCAAAAAAACAACUUCUAGACCCAAAGAAUGUCUGAGAACUCUACAAUAUUCGUUUAAAAUUGCAAAAUCAUGAAUAGCCACAAAAGCACCCGAAACUGCGCACUUUUCACAUAUAAAUGGAUGUACAGAAGACACAGGUCUCUUCGAAAGCCGAACUCACCGGAUACGAGAAGCAGGCGGCCGAGUUCAAGCGUCACGAGCCGUGGUACACCGUCGGCGGAUUCCUCAACAACAUCUACAUUCCGGCGCUCAAAAACAACUAUUGCAAGGCGAGAUUUUGGGCCGAGCAGCGCCGAGCAGCGCCGUCACCCCGCUAAUUGCACGCAAUUUGCAGGCGAUCAUCCUCUCGGGCACCACACUCGCCGUCCUGUUCGGUCUCUACGGCAUGUACUCGUCCACUCUCGGGCUCGAAUUGGCCGAUGUGCUCCCCGAGCACACUCCGCCGGCGGCGUUCCUGCGCGCCCGCGAAAAGUACUUCUCCUUCUACCCAAUGUUCGCCGUCCUUCGCGGAAAUCAAAUCGACAUUCCCAAUCAGCAGGUAGGCCAAUUGGAACACCUGAAAAGCAGAGUUAAGCGGAAGAACUCGAGCGUAGGAACACGCAAGAAUUUUUAUCUUUUUUAGAAAAUUUUUUCAUGAAAUGUCAUCAACUGACAAAAUGUAUAGAAAAAUGAACUCUGCUCAUAGAAAAAUAAUUGUGAAUUUAGCGUUUCAUACAAAAAAGUUAGGGCUAACGGAAGGCCAUUUUCACGGAAAAACUCGAAUAACUUUUUUGUAUGAAAAGCUAAAUUUACAAUUAUUUUUCUAUGAGCACAGUUCACUUUGCUAUACAUUUCGUCAGUUGAUGACAUUUCAUGAAAAAAUUUUCUAAAAAAGAUAAAAAUUCUUACGUGUUCUUCUUCCGCUCAACUCUGCUGCAAAGUGUGAAAUUGUUCCGUUUCAUCAAGGCCUUUUAAAGGUCCAAACUUUGUAAAGAGACAAUUAAUUAAUCGAUUCGAAAUUCAGGGUCUGAUCGAAGAGUACCGCGAGCAGUUGGGCGCCUCAAAGUUCAUGAUCAAAGCGGAGGGAAAACUGCAGCCGUACUGGAUGUCAAUGUUGAGAGUCUGGCUGCAAUCGCUCGAUUCGGCGCUCGAAAAGGACUUGGCGUUGGGUCGAUUCGACCUGACAAACGGCAAUCCGUUGAAGGUGAACGGCGAAAAACCGUCGCCCGAGUCGAUGAUCGCCGCGAGACUCGUCUGCUCGCACGGCACCGCCUACGAGUGUGCGGGACGUCUCGGCAAACUGAAAAUGGUGGACGCGAACGGAAUCAUCGCGCCCGACGCCUUCUACAACUACCUGACCGGCUGGUUCAACGUGGACAACAUGAUGUACUACGUGUCGCAGGCGUCUUUCUAUCCGGCGCCGCCCGGUUGGGAGUACAACGAGAAGACGGCUCAGGCGGUGCCGCCGGCCGAGCCGCUCCUCUACUCGCAGAUUCCCUUCUAUCAGAACGAUCUCGUCGACACGCCGGCUAUUGUGAAAAUGAUUGAGGUAGGCGGCAAAGUGCGCUCCAAAUAAAUUCCCCUCCGUUGCGCUCAUUUUAAGCCAGAAACGGUCAGAAUUGAUUGAGAAUUGACAAAGUUGUUGAUAGAGUUGAGCGGAAGAACUCAACGGAAGAAUUUUUAUCUUUUUUAGAAAUUUUUUUCAUGAAAUGUGAUCAACUGACGAAAUGUAGAGUAAAGUGAACUCUGCUCAUAGAAAAAUAAUUGUAAAUUUAGCGUUUCAUACAAAAAAGUUAGGGCUAACGGAAGAACAACUCGAAUAACUUUUUUGUAUGAAACGCUAAAUUUACAAUUAUUUUUCUAUGAGCACAGUUCACUUUGCUCUACAUUUCGUCAGUUGAUCACAUUUCAUGAAAAAAUUUUCUAAAAAAGAUAAAAAUUCUUCCGUUGAGCUGUUCCGCUCAACUCUGGUUGUUGAGAGAUUUGAAGACUUUCACUGAAAACUUUGUCUCGAUUUUUUCACCGAUUCUGACUGGUUUCGACUCAAAACGAUCACACGGCGCUUGUUUUCAAGUGUACGCAGACAAAAUUUGAGGCGAAAAGCUCAAAAAGUUGCAGAGAAAUUGCAUUUUCCCGCAACUUUCCGCAACUUUCCGGGAAAGUUUUGAUGUGUACGCGCAACGAAAAAAAAAAUGCGAAUGAAACGGGAUUUUUGCAGGAGAUUCGUGCCACGUGUGAAGAGUACACCGAACGAGGGCUUCCGAACUAUCCGUCCGGAAUCGCCUUCACUUUCUGGGAGCAAUAUUUGUCGCUGAGGUACUACACAUAGUAUAAAACUCAGAGGUUCAAUACGUUGCACUUGCAGAUGGAAUCUCUUCAUGGCGAUUGUGAUCAUUGCGGCCGCGGUGUUCUGCGUCAUCUCGAUUCUCAUGUUCAAUCCGUGGGCGGCCACUUUGGUGAGCACACUGCAAAAUUGACUCCUCACCCGGCCUCUUUCAGAUCAUGUGCAUCGUCAUCAUCACGACCAUCGAGUUGGGCGGUUUCAUGGGCCUGAUGGGCAUCAAAAUGAAUCCGAUCUCUGCGGUCACACUCAUUUGCGCCGUCGGCAUCGGCGUCGAGUUCACGGCGCACGUCGAGCUGGCGUUCCUGACGGCGCUCGGCACCAUCAACCAACGACUCGAGUCGUGUCUUCAGCACAUGUUCGUGCCCGUCUAUCACGGCGCCAUCUCCACGUUCCUCGGCGUCGUCAUGCUCAUCUUCUCCGAAUUCGAUUUCGUCGUCAAGUACUUCUUCUACACAAUGACCGUACUCGUCGCGUUGGGCGUCUUCAACGGACUCUGCGUGCUUCCCGUCAUUCUGACGUUGGUCGGACCGGAACCGGAGCUGACGCCGACCAGCGGCGAUUGUGUUCUUCCCGCACCGCCGCCGCUCAACUCGCAGCACAACGAAAAAGAGGCGUUGGGCGGAGGAGUGGAAGCGGGAAUUCGGAAGCGGAAGGAGAAAAUGAAGAACGAUAGAGAGGUAGAUAUUGUUGACUUUUUUCGCGUAAUCUUCACAUCUAGUCGAGUAUUUUUGAGUUCGCUUCCAAGAGCUACAGUACCCUAGGGAGUGGUCCUACAGAAAAUGUGUGAAUUGCAAAAUUAAAGCGCACAAUGUGAACUUUAUUUUUGUAGUUGACAAGUUUCCCGUACACCCACGCGCUCGCCUACUGUAGCUCUUUGAAGUUUGGGUUGCAAAAAGCUCAUCCUAACCCAACGCGUGGGCUUAGCGAAAAAGUGUCAACUGAAAAGUUGUUGUACUAGACGUGAACUAUCCGAAAAAUCUGCAAAUUUUUAUCAAUAACCAUCGAUAGAAACGGAUUUUCAGGUGGAGAUGUCACCUCGCGACUCGCCCUCCUCAUCCCGCUCUUCUGACGAGGAAACGCACACGCACAAAGAUGUUUGA